AUGGGCGGACAGAGCAGCAAGUCUGUGGCUGGCAGCAGCAGCGCCACACUGAAAGCGAAAUCCAAGUCCCUCAAGGAGCCCAGACAGUCCCAGGGAAAUAUAUUUGCUGAACAUUCGGAGGUUGUGCUCCAGUACCGGCCCUUGCCUGAUGCUCCGCUGGGAGGCAGCAGAUGGAUGUCCAAGGAGAACCUGCUGUCAGUCAGUGUGGAGGACGAUGACCCCAGCUUGUUUGUGGCUCUCUACGACUUCCAGGCAGGGGGAGACAAUCAGUUGAGCAUUUCCAAGG